AGACCUCUCCUCGUUUGAAGGACUUACUGGUAUUGCACCUUGUUUUUUUUCUUCAAGUAGAAGAGGCUCACCCUAAAGGUGCUGCUAUCUUUCUUGAAACUAAAGUAAGUACGUACCAACCGUAGUUUCCUUUCGCUGUAUGAUUUCGGAAUUUACUUUUCCCUUUCUUGGUGUUUUCUUAAAGUAAUACGUUGAAAAGAUUUUCAAAGACUUCUGGUUCUGGUCUGCUAAUACCUCCAUAAUCCUGCACGAAAAAUGAAGGAGAUACGCAAGCUCGCGGUUGGGAAAAGGCCGCUACAUCAACCGGUGACCGAGGUGGCCGAUCACUGUGUUUUGUAACAGCGCAGUAUCUAUACGCCGCUGUUCUGCGCCUGUCAGCUGGUGAUCGGAUCGGUACUAUCCGGCUCCAGAAACUAGAACGCCAUGUCGGCGCAAUUUGAGGCUUGGGUUCCGUGCGCGGAAUCCGGGUACCGGCUUGCCACCGGGCAAGAGCGCGGAAAAGAUUUUAUCACUACCACGGGGGAGAAGAUACCGGUGGACAAAAUUCGGCCGUAUUUCGCAGAGGAAGUGACGUGCGACGACAACACAGCGCUAACACACCUGGACGACGCCAACAUCCUCGAUAACCUGAGCAGGCGAUAUGGCGAGGUGAGUUGUUCCUGUCUGUGUUUUUCUCCUGAAAAAUUAUCGAGCAAGAAAAAAAGACUCUGUGAUCAGUAUGAAGAGUUAGACCUUAUCCGCCACAAAUGGAAUUCGAUUUUCUCUGCCUGACAAUGAAUUUAUCAGGACCAAAUCUACACCUACACGUGCAACGUGUUGCUGGCCGUCAACCCCUACAAGAAGCUGAAUCUGUUCACCGACGAGCUGAAGCAAGCGUACCGGGGCAAGAAUAUCGGUAUGCUGCCCCCGCACCCCUACGCCGUCGCGGACAUUUCGUACCGAAACCUGAUUUGCGAGAAAAAUUCCCAGUCGCUGAUCAUCUCGGGUGAAUCGGGGGCGGGGAAAACGGAAACGGCCAAAAUCGUCAUGCACUACCUCGCCACGGUGGUGUCCAGGACGGAUUCCGGCUCGGCGAGCAACAUUCAGGAAAAAGUGAUAAACGCGAACCCGAUCUUAGAGUCCUUUGGGAACAGUCAGACGCUGCGAAACGUGAACAGUUCGCGGUUUGGAAAAUACAACAAAAUGUUCUUCAAUCCGAUCGGAUCCCUGGUCGGAUCCGGGAUAUCUACGUAUCUACUCGAGAGCAGUCGGGUAACAUUUUGUUUAGGAAUUUGCGUUUUUCGUCACUUCUACCUAGUGACUGACAUCGCCUGCAAGUAGACAAGCUGUGUCUAAAAGAAUACGCGUGCACUUCGUUGCAUCAGAAAUGAAAUGACUUGUCAGGUGUGCGUCCAGAACCCGGAAGAGAGGAACUACCAUAUUUUCUACGAGCUCCUACACGGCGCGCCGGACUUGGGUGUCUACGAUCUCCGUGCGGACGGCAAUUACAAAAUGCUGAACGCUGGAGAUACGACAAAAAACAGUCCCGAGAAUGACAAGAGGAAAUUCGAGCAAAUACAAGACGCUUUUCGAGCUGGUACAGAAUUUUUUUUUGGUAUGUGAGUCAACGUGGCAGUACGAUGGUUGUGCUACAGGGGACGCAGUUCUAGUUGGGCUGCUAUCUUCGCAGUUGCAACGUUGGAAAUUUUUCUCAUGCUUUUUUACAGUUGGCGUCUCAGAGGAGGAAACCGAGCAGAUUUUCCGCGUGAUCGCUGCGUUAAUCCAUCUCGGCGAGUUCCGUUUUCAAGUAAAGGCCGACGCAGAGCAGUCAACCGCGGGCGCCGAAGAUGGCGACGAGGUGGAAGGAGACACGCCCGAGAUUGAGCUCGAGAACUUCGACGAAGUCAUCGCUGCAGAGUUGCUCGGUACUAUAGCGGAUUGCGUUUCUUCGAAAUUUUUGCUGUGGAAAACUUCCCUGCUGAGUGGCUAGGCUCGCAACAAUCAAUACUGAAGACAAACUUUGCAUGCUUCUAGGUGAUCCUAUCUAUCAGGUUUCGACGAGGUUUCCCUGCUCUCCGUGCUGCAGUGGCGAACGGUGAUCGUGAAAAACCGCGACUCCUUUUACCGCGUCCCCCGAACGCUUGAGCAGGCCGGAAUCACCCUGCAAGCCUUGACCAAAACGCUAUACAAGCGACUAUUCGAGCACAUCAUCUCCAAGAUCAACGCCCUCUCCUGCGCCAGCAGCCAAAACGUGAAUCACAUCGGCAUUUUGGACAUCUACGGGUUCGAGAGGCUGACCGUGAACUCGUUCGAACAGCUUUGCAUAAAUUUGGCCAACGAGCGCCUGCAGCAGUUCUUCAUAGAAAACGUAGUUGAGUUUUUUGUUCGAUUUUUUGUCAGGUAGCUUGGCUGUACGCUGAAUGCAUCAGGAUGUUCAUGUUGAUGACGUUGACGGCGAGUGGCCUCUAUGGAGAGCAUUGCUUCAAACACAACGAUCGCAAUACUUUGUCAGGUUCUGCUCGCAGAGCAAAACGUCUACUCCAAGGAGGGUCUCGCGUGGACCGAGCUGACUCUCCCGAACAGCUGGCCGGUGGUGAACGCCAUCAAGGGUAUUUUCACGAUUCUGGACGACCACAGUUUCAAAAAGAUCAAGAACCUGGACACGAACGACGACAAAUUCACCAGUUCCGUGCACGAUAAGUACGUUAAGGGACAACAGGGCGACGGAAAGGUCCGCGCUCCGAAACUCCACGGCCAGAGAAAAGGCACGCUUGGCCGGCUCCUCGACGGAUUUGUUGUCAAGCAUUACGCCGGGGAGGUCUUCUACACGACAAAAAACUGGUUCGACAAAAACAACGACAGACUGUCGAAUGAACUCGAAACUUUGAUCAAGGACAGCAAGGUAUAAGUCAGUGAUUUGUUUAUACUUCUCUGUCCCAUGGUGAAACAGCUCAAUUGUCCACCACCACGUGAAAAAAACAGUAAAAUUUGCAUUUUACAUUCCGUUUCCCAUUCGCGUUUCACAGGUUCCCAUCGUCCAAGAGCUCGCGGUCAAGGACCUCGCCGACAAGUCCGACCGGUUUGUCUCCGUGGGAAAAAACUACGUGGAGAACCUGGAGUCGCUGUGCAAGAAAACCCUGGAAGCCAACACGCUGCACUACAUCCGGUGCUUUAACCCCAACGGCAAGCAGAAAAAGGAGGCCUUCGAGAAGAAGUACGUCGUGGAGCAGGUGCAGCAGUCAGGGACGGUGGAAUUAGUCCAUUUGAUGCACGACGGCUUCCCGCACCGCGUGACCUUUGACGAGCUGCGCAGCCGGUUCUUGACGUUGCUCCCAGCGGACUUUCAGCAGUACGACCGCCGAACCUUCGUGGAGUCGAUCAUGAAGGCGUUCGAAAUCGACCCGCGGGAGUGGGAACUCGGGGUGAGCAAGCUGUUCCUGAAAUCCGGGCAGCUGCGAACGCUCGAAAGUCUGAAGGAGUCGGGGAGCGGGGCCAGCCAGGAAGUGCUGAGCCGAUUGAGACGGGAAAUUGUGAGGAAGAAGAUCAAGCGAGUCAAACACACCGUCCUGCUCUGCGUAUUGACGCUUUUUGUGCUCUUUAUCGUGUCGACAUCGCAAAAUCCAUCAUGUAAAUGUAUGUGUGAAUGACUCUGAACGAAUUUCAGUUCUUCGUUGCAUUCCUCAACCGUCCCAAUUUUUCAUCGUGACAACCCACUACACUGCACAGCUCUGGAUGCCAAAGUUCAUCCGACAAAUUCGGCGUGACAAGUUGGUUCAGAGUCUCCGGUCCGCCUGCUUUAUCGCCGUCAGGCUCUACCGGUGGUUGGACUACUCUCGCGGGAUUAUCAGAAGAAGGUUCCUCGAGGAGCAGAGGAGAAAACAGCAGAGACAGCUCUCGGAAGACGGCGAUCUGGGUUUGCACUUCAGCAAACCAAAAUCCUUCGUCUGCAAAGCGCUGGUUGGCGGGAAGGAGAACUUAAUCUUCACAAAUGGGAAGUCGCUCUUCUGCUGCGUGCAUGGGGAAAGGACCGUGGGGCCGAUCUACCAGGUGAACAUCUUAACGGGAAAGAUUUACCACCCACAACCCGCGUCCCCCGGGGAGAAAUCCGAGCAACCCUUUCCGGAUAUCUGCGCGGUCACGCAGCACCCGAAAUUCGCUUUCCGCUUUGCCAUCGCGGACGUGGAGGGCCGGAUUUGGUUCAUCGAUUGGCACGGAAUUCGGGACGAGGACACGCUUUUGUACAGCGUGUCAUCCGUGUUCCAUGGCAUGUCGCACUGCCAGGCGCCGAGGCAGCUGAUGCGGGAAAAGGCAAAGGAGCAGCGGCGGGAGCAACAGGGCGGGAGCAGCUCGUCCACAAAGGGUCGGGGUCGGAGGGAGGAAAGCGAAGAUCCGCUGUUCCUGCAGGAGGUGGCGCUGAUCAGGCAUUUGGCCUACCUCCCCUACGACAUCACGAAGAGGAACGUCGUGGUUGCGCUCGUGGAGACAACGGUAGUGAGUUUGAAAAAUUUCGAGCUUUUUUUUUACCAUGUGCAUCUGCAUCGAGGACGAGAAAAUGACUAAAUCACACUUCCUUCUUGAAAUACAAAAAAACAACGAACAGGUCGCUGAGGAGGACGGCUCACCGGUGUUCUUCUUGCAACUCCUGGAAACCUGCGGUCCAAAUCGCCCACAGAAAGUCCACGACACGCACUUGGUGGACUCCUCCAUGGCCAAGUUGCGAAGUAUAACUGUCGCGAAAGAGAAGGACCGGAGACGAAGCAACGCGCCGGAGAAAGCGACAAGCGAGAUUUUCUCUUUCCUGACGCCAUCGUGGUAAGUACCUAGUAUUUCAUCGAUUUUAACAUGAGGAAGUACUGAAAUCCAUGCGCGGAGUACGACAUUCCAAAUUCAAGAAGCUUGUUGUCAUAAUGAGCAAAACGUAAAUGUUGAUCAACAGCUCCGGUAAAAUGGUGGUUCUCGGUGGUUGCGCCUUGCUAAACUGCUAUACCGUGUCUGAGCAGAAGGGGAAGCUGCGCCUUGAGCUGGAAUACAUGCUCGGCUGUAUUGAUUGAUCUUUGUUUGAGUUUGUUUCUGUUUCUUUUUGCCACUUUGUCUUUGAGAUGUUUAUUUGCGUCUGCGAACAAUCUGUUGCGAUUAUCACGCACUUUGAAACUCUACCUACCACAGGCAAGUACCUGGACAUUGAGAUGCGGAACCUCCGGAGUUGUAUUUGUCUACGCCGCACCAUACCGCCAAGUAAGGACAAGAAGGCCAUUGGCGACUUCAUCAUUGUCGGCGCUUCCGAUGGCACCCUGUACGGCUUUCCGUUCACCUACGUGAUCGAUCGGAAGAACGGGUCCGGGAAAUUUAUCUUCGACGAAGAGAAUGCGGGCCGGUUCGACGUGGAAGACGAAAAUGCGGAAGCCAAUGUCGAGGAAAAGGAGUCGAUCGAAUUGCUCUUCCCGAUCCAGAAAAAUUACUUCACCGCGUUGGAAAACAAGUUUGUUUCCAUCCGAAGGACAAAAGCCUUCUCGUGGGUGAUGGGGGAGAAAGAAGGCGUGUUCGGGUGGCAUCCGCAGGAGUACAUGCUCACCGGGCUACCCGCAGAUUUCAGCUGCGCGGUCUCCAGUCGGGUGUUUCCGAGCAUGAGCUUGUUCGUGAAAAAAGAGGAAAAUGGAAAUGCAAAUUCGGAAAAGGGGAACGCGUUUAAGAUCAUUCGCUGGAACCGGAGCCAGCACAGCAACUGCAAGUAA